GCUGUGGGGGAGAAAUGCGGGAGUUGGUGGAGAGCUUUGCGGGAGGUCUGAAUCUCGCACUGGUUCCGACAUGUGCCAGACAGCGCAAAGGGGCCGUGCGACAAGAUCACAAAUCUAGCGCGGCACCAAAGCCAUUGUUUCCAGCGAUCUCUGCUCUUUGUGUGGUGGCCAUCUGAUAUUGAAGAGCCGCCGAGCACGGACCACCCCCGGGUACGUACCUUCUCUAGAGACGAGAACCUCAACACCCAACCUCUAACGUGGCUGCUUUCCUCCCUCCACUACGAAUCCGCUACUGCCCGGCAGACGUUGAGUGACAUGAUCGUUCCGGGUCGACGCCAUCGCUCUCCGCGUUUCAGGUUUAUUUUCAUUCACUGGGAAAGCAGGGCUACCUCUGUCUGCAGCUGUGUAGGGCAUGUUUGCAUGUACAUCCCACUUGGGAGAAGUGGAAAACACUUGACAGCAGCCCUGCCCUUUCUGGCGGCGUGGGAUUGCCGUCCUGUCCGCUCCUGGCUUGGAUCGCUUCGCGGUACACGCCCUACACGCCUACCACGUCCCACACGCCCUACACACCCGCGCCCAUCUCCAGAUAUCGCGCCCCCAGCCAGUCCCUGUGGACCUACCGGGCUGGUGCAUCAUGGGCCCGCUCCAGCCGGCCACCCAUGGCCUAUGAUCCCCCGGUUCUGAUGUUCUGAUCUUGCGACGAGGAUAAGUAUCCUCUUUUUCCCACCUCUCGUUUCUCAUGUUUCCAUCUCCAGUAUCAGACAUCACCAGUCUUCCAUCAUCUUUCCUUUGAAACAAAGGGCUUCUCUGGAGAGCUCGGCUUGAAGCCAUCCCAUCUCUUUCUGUCAACUCAUACACACAACGGAGCCGGACUCCACAUCGACAACUACACUAAUUCUAGUAAUCAACCUCCCCCAAGCAGUCACCAUGGCCUCUCUUGGAGAAGUCACCUUUGACUUCACAUUCCCAUGUGAUCCUUCAACACCUCCGAGCUUCACCUUUGACCCAUCUCUUUUGGAGAUCCCCUACAACCAAGGUCAUGCUCGCUCCAGCUCACUUUCAUCCAUCUACUCUUUCGAGUCCACACCAUCAGAGCCCGUCUCGGCACCCAGCACCCGCCGGACCACCCCAGCCCGGUCUCCCAUCCGGACUCAUGGGCCUCUUCUCCUGCCCAAGAUCCGCAGCCAGGAUCAAGCCAUCGGCCCUUCCGCUGCUGCCCCGGCUGCCAAGCGCCAAAGGACAUCACCAACCCCAGCUGCCCCUAACAAGAGCGCCUACCGCCCAACACACGCCCGCAGCUACACCAGCCCAGAGGCCAUCUCCUUCACCAGCUCGGUCUCUUUCACAGAUGACAGCAACCCAGCACCUCUUCUCUGCUCCCCCGUGAGCUUUGCCCACGAUUCCGCCGCAAACCACUCCCGGAGAGCAUCUUCCUGCAGCGUGGAAAACAUCAGCUUCCCCAGCCAGGUCACAUCAUACCGCCCCAUGCCCACAUACGUGCCCGCCAGACGCACCAGCACAAGCCCCACACCGCCACCCCAACCCCAACCCCAGACCCAUCUCUCCCAACCCGAACAGUACAACCUCUACCAACAAUAUGUCCCAAGAGCGCCAUCACCAUUGGCCGCUGCCGCCCCCAUCGUCCCAGACAUGACCCCCUCCACAACCCUCUACUCCUACCUCACCUCCUCCAACCCAGCCCCAUCCCUCGUCAGGAGCAUCUCCUUCCCCCUCCGUGACCCGAACAUCAAGCACUUUUGGUGGGACGUCCGCCAGAUCAGACCAUGGACCAACUUCACCGCCCAGAGCCUCCUGUCUCUCCCCGGCGCGGAGUCGUGCCUUUCCACCCCGCUCUCAGCGGCUCUGCUGCCCAGCAUUUCCGCCGGCGGGCAGAGACACCCCGAGACGGAGGCGGCGCUUCACGGGAUCUACGCGGGGUAUUACCUCCCCAAGCUGAACAAUGCCCUCGCGCUGUCGUCCACACAGCCGGUGCAGCUGUCGGUGCCGAAGAAGGCUGCUGCUGGGAUGAACACGGAGUGCAUGUUUGUGGGCAACGUCCCCGGCGACGAGGCCAGCGCGGCGGCGAUUUUCGGGGGCAAGCCGAUGGCGAGGGUGGUGGGGAUUGUCAAGAGCUUCGAUCGGUUCAAUACCGGGAUGAGGGUGGAGGGGAAUGUGAAGAGGGUGGAGUACCUCCGCGGUCUUGCGCAUCUGCAUCAUGCGAUGAGGGAGCACGGGUGUAGGUAUGGGUUUAUUCUGACCGAGAUUGAGCUUGUGGUUGUGAGGAAUGGGGGGGAGAGGACGCCGCAUUUUGGGUUUUUGGAGGUGACGAGUGUGCAGCUGAACAAGACUGACGAUCUGGAGGGGCCGGUGGAGGCGGAGAAUGCGGAGAUGACGGCUUGUUUGGCGCUUUGGGGGUUGUGCAUGCUGGCUGGGGAUGGGGCGAUGCCGGGGGAGGCGCAUUGGAAGAGCGAGAUCGGGGCGCCGGCGGAGGGGACGAGGAGGAAGGCUUUGGAGAGGGAUGGGUGGAUGCCGCAGCCGCAGUUGGCGGAGAAGAGGGAGGCGAAGAGGAGUAGGGGGUGGGUUUGGCCUGAGGAUGCGGUGGGCAGGAAGGAGUUGGGGAAGAGGGGGGUUAGGUAUGGGGGUUGUUAGUUAGAUUGCAUGGCUGGUUCAUGAUGAAAGGGUCUGUGACUCUGGUGAAGAAAAAAAAAGAAUAGUGAGACUCAUGACUGACGACUGGUUUCGGGUGGGUCAUGGGGACUCGAGGAUUGGAGUUUUGGAUAUGGGAGUGGGCAUUUGGGUACAUUUUGAUAGUUAAUACAAAGUUCAGAUGAUCAACACC